AUGGAUUCUGCAAUGCAAGGCAAAGUCUUCAUCGUCACCGGAGGCGCGUCGGGUAUUGGCCUUGCUACAGUGCGAGAGCUCCUUAAGCGAGGCGCUUCCGUCAGCGUUGGCGACAUCCAGAGCGACACGCUCCGAGCCGCCGUUGCGCCCCUGAAGGCAAGAUACGGCGACAGACUGCACCACGAUGUGUUGGACGUCACAAAGCGCGAGCAAGUCCGUUCCUUCAUCUCUACAACGCUGCAAGCAUUCCAGAGGCUGGAUGGAUACGCGAAUAUCGCGGGCACUGGCGGUCAUCGCCUCGGCCACGAAGAUGUCUCGGCUACCAGUGAUGAAGAGUACGACUUCAUUAUGAACCUCAAUGUACGUGCGACGUUUAUCGCCCUCGGAGAGACCUUGCGACCCGGUACGCUGUCCGAACCCGAUGGAAGUGUUGUAUGUGUUGGCAGCAUGUUUGGCCAGCGAGGAUUCAAAAGCGGCGCAGUCUUCGCAGCCUCUAAACACGCCAUGACGGGCCUUGCAAAGAGUGCAGCGCUGGAAGCAGGCAAGCGGGGUAUACGCGUAAACGUGGUCGAGCCGGGCGCGAUCGACACACCCAUGCAUCGACGCAAUAUGCAAAGCGACAUGCCAGAUCCGACGCCAAACAACCCGAUACCAAGACUGGGCACACCCGAGGAUGUUGCAGGUGUCAUAGCAUUUCUUCUAAGCGACCAGUCCAAGUACGUCACUGGAGCAUCAUAUGCGGUAGAUGGCGGCGCAAAUGCUUGA